UGCAUUUUGGAAUUCAUCUUCACUUACAAUGUCACCAUCAAAUGGAGGUCCAGUUCGACCCAGCCCCCCAGAUGGAGGCUGGGGUUGGGCAGUGGUUACUGGAGCUUUUAUUUCCAUUGGCUUCUCUUGUGCAUUUGGCAAAUCUAUUUCUGUAUUUUACAAAGAAAUUGAAGAAAUAUUUAAUGCCAGCACCAGCGAAGUGUCAUGGAUCUCUUCUAUUAUGUUCGCUGUCAUGUAUGCUGGAGGUCCUAUCAGCAGUAUCCUGGUGAAUAAAUAUGGCAGUCGUCCAACCAUGAUUGUUGGUGGCUGCUUGUCAGGCUGUGGCUUGAUUGCAGCUUCUUUCUCCAACACUGUACAGGAACUUUACUUGUACAUUGGAUUCAUUGGAGGUCUUGGGCUUGCCUUCAACUUGAAUCCGGCUCUGACGAUGAUUGGCAAGUAUUUCUACAAGAGGCGACCAUUGGCAAAUGGACUGGCCAUGGCAGGCAGCCCUGUGUUCCUCUCUACCCUGGCCCCCCUCAAUCAGGCUUUCUUCGGUAUCUUUGGCUGGAGAGGAAGCUUCCUAAUUCUUGGGGGCCUCCUACUAAACUGCUGUGUAGCUGGUGCCCUGAUGCGACCAAUAGGGCCCCCGCCAACAAAUGCAGGGAAAGACAGGUCUAAAGAAUCCCUUCAGGAUGCUGGAAGAUCUGAUGUAGAAAAGGGGACAAAUAAUGCAAGUACAGAUUUUAAUGGCAGAAACCCCAAAGACAAAAAACAAUCAGUUUUUCAAAGAGUUAACAAAGUUAUAGACUUAUCCCUGUUUACCCACAGAGGCUUUCUACUAUACCUCUCUGGGAAUGUGGUGAUGGCUUUUGGGCUGGCUACUCCUUUAGUCUUUCUUAGUAAUUAUGGCAAGAGUAAACAUUACUCUAGUGAGAAGGCUGCCUUCCUUCUUUCCAUUCUGUCUUUUGUCGAUAUUGUAGCCAGACCUUCUAUGGGACUUGUAGCCAACACAAAGUGGAUAAGACCUCGAGUUCAGUACUUUUUUGCUGCUUCUAUUAUUGCAAAUGGAGUGUGUCAUCUGCUAGCACCUUUAUCCUCCAGCUACAUUGGGUUCUGUGUCUAUGCGGGAUUCCUUGGAUUUGCAUUUGGGUGGUUUAGCUCCGUAUUAUUCGAAACACUGAUGGACCUUGUUGGACCCCAGAGGUUCUCCAGUGCUGUGGGAUUGGUGACCAUUGUGGAAUGCUGUCCUGUCCUCCUGGGGCCGCCACUUUUAGGUCGUCUGAAUGACACCUAUGGAGACUACAAAUACACAUACUGGGCGUGUGGUGUGAUCCUAAUUAUCGCAGGCAUCUAUCUCUUCAUUGGCAUGGGCAUCAAUUAUCGGCUUGUGGCGAAAGAACAGAAAGCAGAGAAGCAGCAGAAAAAGGAAGGUAAAGAGAAGCCAAAAGAAGUUAUUAAAGCAGCAGACUCUAGAGGAUAGAGAGGC